AAGGUGUGCCUGAUUGUUGCGAGUUGCGAUACUUUCACCUCAGAGGUCUUUGUACACAACCACAAUAACUCAUUUUCAACCCUAAUCCAUCAAACAUUUCAACUCUCUAAACUCUUAGAGACCUUUCGAUAAAGAUCCCCAUAUAAACCACCGAUUGAAUUCAAAUUUCCACGGUCAUCAAAUCAUUAACCAACCAUGCCGAGUUUGACUUCAGCCUCUGGUGUCCUGGGCUUCCUUUCUGACGAAGAGCCGGAGCUCAAGAUUUUCGCCCUUCAAACCUUGAAUGACGAUAUCGAUACACUAUGGACAGAAGUCGCAGGCUCUGUUUCUCAAAUGUAAGCUAAAUGCACACUAUCGCAGAUAUCACAUAUUAAUGCAGCUCCAUCAUGAUGACCAACUGAAUACUGAUUUGGCCACUUUUCAGUGAGGCGCUUUACGAAGAUGAAUCCUUUUCCGAGCGACAAUUAGCAUCCUUGGUGUUGGCAAAGGUCUACUAUCAUUUACAAGCAUACAAUGAGAGUAUGACAUUUGCUCUCGGAGCUGGUGAUCUCUUUCAACUCGACAAAUCAGGCGAAUUCGAAGAAACCAUCAUCUCGAAAUGUGUCGACACUUAUAUCAGUGUAUCUGCUCAAAAUCAUGCUGCACCACAAAAAAGUAAAAAUGAUAGUGCCCUACCUACUCUCGCAACUACAUUCGCCAGCGGGAUCAAUGAUGGAAGUGCUGCCGCCGCGCUAACUUCACCUGUGACACCUUUCUCGCAAUCUACUCUGCCAUCAAAAUCCCUCUUAUCACGAGUCUCUGCCGACAACAUGUUGGAACAGCCCGUCUCAGAAGGCAAGACCUCGGAUUCCACCAUUUUACCAGAUCGAUCUACUCAGAUUGCGCUUCAAAAAGUCAUCGAGAGACUUUUUGAAAGUUGUUUACGAGAAGGGAGAUACAGACAGGUUGUUGGAAUUGCAGUAGAGGCUAGAAACCUAGAAGUCUUGCGACGAGUCAUCAAGCGUGCUAGCGACGAUGAGAAGAAGUCGAAAUCAAAGCUUCCCGAGGGCACAGCUGGACCAACAGAGGAAUUGAUGGAAUAUGUCUUGGACAUUUGCAUGGGCGUUGUACAAGAAAGAGGGCUUCGAACAGAAAUACUGAAGUUAAUCUUGGAUCUGCUGAAUGAUAUACCAACUCCGGACUAUUUCGCAAUCGCAAAAUGCGUCGUCUACCUUAACAUAGACGAGGAGGCAUCGACAAUGUUAAAAAGACUUGUGGUAAGUACUUGAAGUGGCUAAAACUUCUGUGGAUUCAAGUCUUGCCUGGUAUAAUACUGACCUUGUGUAGGCUAAGGACGAUCAAACUUCUACCGCUAUUGCAUACCAGAUCGCUUUCGACUUGUAUGAUAACGGCACUCAAGAAUUUCUGGCUAAAGUCAUUAAAUCUCUACCCAAAAAGGCCACCAAUGCCGAACCAUCCGCGGAGGAGCGUGAGUAGACUCUAUUUCCUUGACUAGGUUUAUUACUGAUUUCUUGUGUAGCGACGGAAUCCGAUCAACUUUUAGGAGAAUUGAAUGAUCAAGCUGGAGGAUCCAGUGAAGUGGUCUCAGAUGAACAAAUCAAGGUUUAUGAUUCGAUCCGAAAAAUUCUUGAUGGCAGUGAGACCAUCAGACUUAAUCUCGAAUUUUUGUAUCGAAAUAACCACACUGACCUCAGCAUCCUCAACAAAGUCCGUGACAGCCUUGAAGGUCGAAACUCCAUCUUCCACUCAGCCGUUACGUUCUGCAAUGCUUUCAUGAACCACGGCACAACCAAUGAUAAAUUCUUCCGUGACAAUUUAGAGUGGCUAGGAAAGGCGGUCAAUUGGUCAAAAUUUUCUGCUACUGCUGCGCUUGGUGUCAUUCAUCGUGGCAACCUCUCCCAAGCUAAGAGAUUGUUGGAGCCUUAUUUACCAAGAGCUCCAUCCGUUGGAGGUUCCUCUUAUAGCCAAGGUGGUGCUCUUUAUGCUUAUGGGUUGAUUUACGCCAAUCAUGGCGCCGAGGCGCUCGAGUAUUUGAACAAAGCCUUUUUGGAGAACCAAGAGGAAGUUAUUCAGCACGGAGGUGCUUUGGGGUUGGGAAUUGCUGGUAUGGCUACAGGCAAUCGACAAAUUUACGAGGAUUUGAAAAGCGUUCUUUACGGCGAUUCUGCACUCAAUGGUGAGGCUGUUGGCCUUGCGAUGGGUCUCAUUAUGUUGGGAACUGGUAAUAUGAAGGUUCUGGAAGAAAUGAUCGUUUAUGCUCAUGAAACUCAACACGAGAAGAGUGUUCGGGGUCUUGCUAUCGGCAUGGCAUUAAUUAUGUACGGCACACAAGAAGGAGCUGAUGACAUCAUCAAAGCAUUAUUGAAUGAACCAGAUCCAACUCUUCGUUAUGGUGGUAUCUUGACCGUCGCUUUGGCAUACUGCGGCACAGGAAGCAACAAGGCGGUGCGCAAGCUACUUCAUGUAGCCGUUAGCGACGUGAACGAUGAUGUCCGUCGUGUUGCCGUCAUGAGUCUAGGUUUCAUUCUCUUCCGCAAGCCCGGAAGUGUGCCACGUAUGGUCGAGCUUUUGUCUGAAUCUUACAACCCACAUGUUAGGUACGGUGCUGCUAUGGCUCUUGGUAUCUCCUGUGCUGGUACCGGUCUUGACGAGGCAAUCGAUUUGCUUGAGCCUAUGAUGAAAGACCCUACAGACUUUGUUCGACAAGGUGCCUUGAUCUCUCUCGCCAUGAUUAUGGUUCAACAGAAUGAGGUAAUGAAUCCCAAGGUUGCGGAAAUUCGCAAAACCUUGAAAAAGGUUGUUGCAGAUCGUCAUGAAGAUGCCAUGGCCAAGUUUGGUUGUGCAUUGGCGUUGGGUAUAAUUGAUGCUGGAGGUCGUAACUGCACAAUUGGAUUACAGACUCAAACAGGUAACCUCAACAUGGCUGGUAUUGUCGGUAUGGCAGUCUUCACUCAAUACUGGUACUGGUUCCCAUUCACCCAUUUCCUAUCCCUGACUUUCACUCCUACGUCCAUGAUUGGCUUGAACCAAGAAUUGGAGAUUCCAAGUUUCAAAUUCCACAGUGCUACUCGACCAAGCCUUUUUGACUACCCUCCAGAGCAAGAAGUAAAGACGGAGGAUGCGCCAACUUUAAUCGCUACAGCCGUCCUAUCAACAACUGCUCAAGCAAAACGCAGAGCACAAAAGAAGGAGCGUGCUCAACGACGAGAAAGUAUGGAUAUUGAUCAAACGCCUACCACGCCAAAGCUUCCAAGUGCAACCGAUGACAAGAUGGACGUAGACGAGUCAACCAAGGACGCGGAAGAGAAAGUUGCUGAGAAGAAGGAUGAAAACGAAAAGGAAACUCCUGCAGAAACCCUGAAGAAAAAGCUUGAGAAGGAGAAGGUCGGGUACGAGAUCGAGAACAUGUCUCGAGUCCUUCCAUCACAACUCAAGUUCAUCAGUUUCCCAGCCGGUCGUUAUAAGCCAGUCAAGAAACCUACUGGAGGUGUCAUUGUGAUGAUUGAUACUCAGCCAGGAGAAGAAAAGGUCUUGAUUGAAGAAAAGGUGAAGAAGGUUGAGGUUGAAAGGGCUGCCAUGAGUGCAACUCUUGAGGAUAUGCGUGUAGAGGCUCUCAGCGUGCGCGAGGGAGGUGACGUUCCUUACCCAAGAACUCCUGCAAACGAAGGUGAAUGGGCUUUCCCUGGAGCUGCAGCUGCAGCAGGUGUUUUGACAGCUGUUGAUGAAGAUGAAGAGGGUGCCGAGGAAGCUCCUGUACCUAGGGAUUUCGACUAUUUCUCUGAUGGGGAAGAAGACUAAGUCAUUUUAUUCAAGGGUAGUGGAAGGGUGUGUAAUUUUAGCAAUUCGCAUUCGGGGCAAGGGUGUUUUUAGGUGCCAAUCCCUUGGUGGUAGCAUCAUGCAUGUAUUGAAGAGGAUGACAUGCAUUGUGAUAGUAUAGACAUGUGUAUAACAGAUCAUACCAAGUGAGGCAAUCAUUUCGCGUG